UGACCUUGCCAAAUGGAGCCAGAGAGUAAUCCAGAAAAGACAGAGAUGAAAGAUGACAAUGAUCUAAAUCAUAACCCAAAGUCUGAUGAGAGAGACCAGUGGGCCAACAAGAAAGAGUUCAUUUUGGCAGUAAUCGGAGAAAUCAUUGGUCUGGGCAAUGUUUGGAGAUUUCCAUAUCUGUGCUUCAAAAAUGGAGGAGGAGCUUUCCUGGUUCCUUAUAUUUUGUUCCUGUUCACCUGUGGAUUGCCUAUCUUCUUCCUGGAGUUAUCUGUGGGACAGUUAACUAGGCAGGGUGGAAUCACAUGUUGGAGGAAAAUAUGUCCCGUCUUUGAAGGUUUAGGCUACGGCAGUAUCUUGCUCAUGCUAUACACUGAGAUGUAUUACAUUGUCAUCCUGGCCUGGGCCUUCCUCUACCUCUUCUCCUCCUUCCACACUGUACUCCCCUGGGCCAGCUGCAACAACACCUGGAACACAGAGGGCUGUAUCGAUAAUCGACUAAAUAAAUCAUCAGAUGGCGACAUUUCUCAGAAUGCAACUUCUUCAGCUGAAGAAUUCUGGCAGAGGAGAGUCCUGGGUUUGUCUCAAGGUAUUGAAGAGAUGGGAAGUAUCCACUGGGACCUGGCUGGAUGUCUUCUGCUCAGCUGGAUUAUUUGUUACUUCUGUGUUUGGAAAGGUGUCAAGUCCUCGGGAAAGGUCGUCUACAUCACAGCAACAUUUCCUUAUGCUAUGAUGACUGCUUUGCUGAUCCGUGGUGUGACACUGCCAGGAGCCAUUGAUGGUAUUCGAUUUUACCUUUCUCCUGACCCAACACGUCUGGCUGAUCCUCAGGUAUGGAUGGAUGCUGGGAGCCAGAUAUUAUACUCCUACGCUGUCUGCACAGGCUGUUUGGUAUCUAUGGGAAGCUACAACAAAUACAACAACAACUGCUACAAAGAUGCAAUUGCCCUGUGCCUGUUGAACAGUGCGACCAGCUUUUUUGCUGGCUUUGCAAUUUUCUCUGUCCUCGGCUUCAUGUCUUAUGAGUUAGGUGUGGAAGUCUCAGCAGUGGCUGAAUCAGGUCCCGGCCUGGCUUUUAUUGCCUAUCCUCGGGCAGUAGCCAUGAUGCCUUUACCCCAUGUUUGGGCUACCCUCUUCUUCAUUAUGAUUAUCUUCCUCGGACUGGAUACUGAGUUUGUUUAUCUGGCAGCCAUAAACACAUCCAUAUCAGACAUGUAUCCAUCCUUCUUUCUGACUGGCCAUCGACCUAAACUGCUUCUGCUGGUCGUCUGUGGAUUAUGCUUUGUCAUUGGUCUCUGUAUGGUCACUGAUGGAGGACUUUAUGUGUUUCAGGUUUUUGACUACUACGCCUGCAGUGGAAUCCCAUUGAUACUUUUUGCCAUGCUAGAGUCCAUUUGUAUAGGAUGGGUAUAUGGUGCUGAUCGCUUCUACAAUAAGAUUACAGACAUGAUUGGCUACCGCCCCAUGCCCUAUAUGAAAUAUUGUUGGAGGUACAUCACUCCAUGUGCAUGUUCAGGCAUAUUAAUCUUCUCUCUGGUCAAAUUCACCCCUCUGAGUUACAACAACAUCUACCACUACCCCUGGUGGGGCCACGCCCUCGGGCUAUUACUCGCUUUGUCUUCAGUCAGCAUGGCACCACUGUGGUUUCUCUACAGUCUGAUUGUAACUCCAGGAACACUGAGACAGAGACUGAAAGUGGUGACCACUCCAGCAGACCUGUCAAGAACAUCACGGGAGAAAACUCUUAGAGUUGAAACAUGUCCUUCCCAAAAUGAACAUGAACUGUGUGCUUUGAACAUGACUGAAAAUAAUCAGCUCUAAUUCAAAGGUUUGAAAGACUUUCUGAAAUUAAUAUAACAGCAUGUUUUAUUUGGUUGACUAAAUAUUAUAUAAUGCAUAAGUGUUUCACUUCUGACAGAUUUGAGGAAUCUGAAGUGAUUAGCUGCUUAAAAUGAAACAAUUAAAUUACAUAUUGCAGGAGUUUAUUUAAUUGUAUUGUAUGUGGUCAAAUGUAUGUAAAUAUUUACAGUGUGU